AGUAGUCCAGCCUUCACACACCGGUUAAAUAAGCUCAUGUCAGAGACACAGCACUGGUAUAUAGUGAGCUCAUUAACAGUGUGAGGACUCCCUGCCGCUCCACACACACACACUCACACACACACAGCGCUGCGCACUCCUCCAGACCUGCUCCACGAGGCUGAUCUGGGGUCUGUCUCUCUGGUAGAGAGGUAGAGAGGGCCCAGGCUAUUUCAUCUGCUUUUUUUUCUCUUUUUCUCCGCCAACAACACUGGAUCCGUCAGAAUAUUUCCACCUUUGAAAAAUCUCUUGUGACCAACAAGUCUGCACUUGAACUGGACAUCUAAAAACGUGUCCCUCUUUUUUUUUUUUUGCUUUUAUUUUUCUUUUGUAUUUUUUUGUUUUAUUUUUUUUUGUUUUAAUGGUACCAUGUCGUCUUUGCCAGGAACGGUCCCGCGGAUGAUGCGCCCGGCUCCCGGUCAGAACUACCCGCGCACCGGAUUCCCUCUGGAAGGUAGGCUGUAUCCAGCGGAGCAGCAGCAGCUGAUGAUGAUGUCCACUCCUCUGGGCCAAGGUCGGGUGAACCAGCUCGGAGGAGUCUUCAUCAACGGCCGGCCGCUGCCCAACCACAUCCGACACAAGAUAGUGGAGAUGGCCCACCACGGGAUCAGACCCUGCGUCAUCUCCAGACAGCUGCGCGUCUCUCACGGCUGCGUCUCCAAGAUCCUCUGCAGGUACCAGGAGACCGGAUCCAUCCGGCCAGGAGCCAUAGGAGGCAGCAAGCCCAGGCAGGUAGCCACGCCGGACGUGGAGAAGCGGAUCGAGGAGUACAAGCGGGACAACCCGGGCAUGUUCAGCUGGGAGAUCCGGGAUAAACUGCUGAAGGACGGGGUGUGUGACAGAAGCACAGUCCCUUCAGGUGAGGCCUCCUCUGUGAGUUCGAUCAGCCGCGUGCUUCGAGCUCGAUUUGGAAAAAAGGACGAUGAGGACGAGUGUGACAAAAAGGAUGAAGACGGAGAAAAGAAAACCAAACACAGCAUCGACGGCAUCCUCGGCGACAAAGGCAGUCGGAUGGAUGAAGUGUCAGACGUGGAGUCGGAGCCUGACCUCCCCCUGAAGAGGAAGCAGCGCAGGAGUCGGACCACGUUUACGGCGGAGCAGCUGGAUGAGCUGGAAAAGGCUUUCGAAAGAACUCACUACCCCGAUAUCUACACCAGGGAGGAGCUGGCCCAGAGGACCAAACUCACUGAGGCCAGGGUCCAGGUUUGGUUCAGCAAUCGAAGGGCCAGGUGGCGAAAACAAGCCGGAGCCAAUCAGCUAGCAGCGUUCAACCACCUGUUGCCGGGUGGAUUUAAUCCCACAGGGAUGCCAACGCUUCCUACGUACCAGCUGCCAGAGUCCAGCUACCAGACCAACACUCUGUCCCAAGACGUUGGUGGUACACUUCACCGUCCCCAGCCAUUGCCUCCGUCCACCAUGCACCAGAGCGGUCUGUCCAGCACUGACAGCGGCUCCGCCUACGGUCUGGCCUCCAACCGCCACGGCUUCUCCAGCUACUCCGACUCCUUUAUGACCUCUGCAGCACCGAGCAACCAUGUCAACCCUGUCAGCAACGGACUCUCCCCACAGGUGAUGAGCAUCCUGAGUAACCCCAGUGGCGUUUCCUCGCAGCAACAACACGACUUCUCCAUCUCUCCGCUCCACAGUGCCUUAGACUCCUCUCCAUCCAACACCAUCUCAGCCAGCUGCAGCCAGCGUUCAGCCGAGGCCUCCAUUAAGACGGUGGACAGCCUUUCAUCAUCCCAGUCCUACUGCCCCCCCACAUACAGCACCACCAGCUACAGCAUGGACCCGGCUGUGGCUGCCGCCGGCUACCAGUACAGUCAGUACGGCCAGACAGCUGUGGAUUACCUGGCAAAGAACGUCAGCCUGUCCAGUCAGCGCAGGAUGAAGCUGGCCGACCACUCAGCUGUACUGGGACUGCUGCAGGUUGAGACUGGCCAGGCCUACUAGUACUCACCUGACAUGCAUGCAACACGACACCUGGUCACCAGCACAACCCGCAUCUCCUGCUGCCAUCCAAUACAAAUCUCCCAGAGACCAUAUGUGUGUGUGUGUGUGUGUGUGUGUGUGUCAUACAUUGACUAUACAGUACAUUGGGCUGAUGUUUAGCUUUUUUAUACUUUAUUCCAUUUUAGUGUUUCUCCAGGAUUUAACGAUUGAAUGAUGCAGCUGUCCAAGCUUUAAACAUACCCCCGUGGGACCAAACAAAUCCACAAAAAAAGGAUUUUCACUGUUUUUUUUAUUUGUUGUUUAUAUUGCACUACAUUUUGUACACAGCAUUGGUGGAAUCUAACUUUACUGGCUAACUAUAAACUAGUGAUAUAAAAAAUUACUAUGUGAACCGUCAUUUUAGACUGGGUGUAACCUGUGACCUGCUAUUUAAAAUAUAUUUCACAAAAAAACAGCUCUUCUGUGGGUCAGUAAACAACAAAAUGAUGCAUUAUAGUGAUCCUGUAACGGUGCUUUCAGACUGAAUGCCAAGCACCCAUUUUUGUGUCAAUCCACCACGGCACCCAGAGUGAAUUCACAUCCAAUUCGCAUCCAUUGUGUCGUUGAAUUGACAUUAAAUACAAUUGCACACUUCAAAAAACUCCUUGCAUUCAGUCUGAACGCACCUUAAAGGGUGCACAGUCCGGUUACUCCGCUAAGUCACCGCCAUGAUCACUCAUUUUGAGUUUCGUUUAUUGACAUAUAUUUCUGGUUGUGAUGUCAGACAACUGCACAUGUGAUUUGAUUAUGGCUCAUGAAUUCUACCUCAAAUUUAAGUGUGUUGUACUUCUGACCGCACACUGCGUCACAGAUGGGUGGGGAGAAUUUAAACCACUGAAGGUCAGCAAAAAAAAAAAAAGAUUUUGAGCUGCUGUCUUUAAAAUAUUGCAACCCAAAUAGACAGUUUGGUCCUGGCUGAGUUUUAAACCUUUUUUUUUCACCUUGAAUAAAAUGCCGGGGCAACUCUAUAUACUUCAUAUUUUUUAUGUGGAACUGGUCAACUUUAUAGAUACAGCACAAGAUAUUGGCAGCUUAAAAAGAAAAAAAGAAACGUGUCAGCCUUCAGGAACCCAUGUGUGCAUGUGUGUGUAAGUAUGUGAGGGAGAUAAACACCUCUGUAGCAGACUGAUAUGGACUAAUUCAGCUAUUCCUGAAGAGAUGCAGUCCCUCUUAUCAACAACAAGACCUCCUGAAGAGCUUUGGCAAUAGUUGGAGGUCAAACAAGCUCCUGACUGAGCAGCUGACAUUCAGUGUGACUAUCAAUUCCCCCUUGGUAGUACAGCCGGACAUUUCUCCAGGCAGCUUGGUACUAAACAUUACAGUUCUUUUCUUCAUUUUCAUUUCUUUUUAUUCUAGUUCAUUUAAUGUUUACUUCUUGCAUUUAUCUUUGAAAACAACCACUGGGGUGUACUAUGAUGCGCCAACAUCAACUGUCCUGACAUACUCUUAACAUAAGACAUGGCAUUUGGUGAGUCAGUAGACUCAGUAGAGUCCAGAUCUCCGCCAGGUGUGUCUGCAACGACCGCUGCUGUGAUGAAUGAUGAUUCAAUUGAACCACAAUUGCCCCCACGUCUAGACUGCAAGUGUAUCGGACGCGUUUUUCACUCGCACUUCUCAACAGAUGCGCUCUCAUUUGAAUCUAUGCAGCUGUCUGCACCGGCUCUGUGCAGCUAAACUGCAGUUAACUGUGUAACGCAUCACAUUGACUGUUUAACACUUCCUCUGAACAGAAACUGUCAGUCGUUCUGUGAGUUUAGUUCCAUUCGCUGUUAGCUCUGAUAGCCAAACACACGGCCCACAAGCUCUUUAAAGCUUUUAAACAAAAAAAUGUAAAAAACCUUACACCUUCUAAGACGGGCUUAAUUGCUUGUUAACUCGUUGUAGAACACGCAGAGUUAGAUUUGAAAAUACGCUGGCUCUACACACUGUUUUUCCACACUUUCUCUUUUUCUGUCCACUGAGCAGCAGCUGAACGGCUCUCGUUCUUCAGAGGCAGAUCAUUAAAUUAGCAAAUUAAUUGACAAAAUUCACCCAAAAAUUUGCCCCCCCCCCAAAAACUACUGCCCAGCAGUUGGCAACAGCUAACAGCUAACUAACUCUCCUCCUACCAAUACGGUUCAGUUUGUCAUUUACUAAGCGAUAGUUAUACAUACAUACCUAUACAUGUAAUUGGGUUACCUAGGUGUGCAAAUUAAGAGAGGAACAAUUUCUAAUCCGAAGCGGAAACAAGAGUCCAAAUUGAAGGAGUGAUCCCUGGCUGCCCCUACCGGCUGGUUCAGAGGAAGAAGGAGUUAAUGACGGUAUAAAAUAGUCAAUAAAAUAUGUUUGCAAACAGUGUGAAUCACUGCAACCAUGAGAGGUCCUUGAGCAUACAGUCAUAAAUGAGCACAAAAAAAUAUUAGGCUAAUUCGUCCAGCAGUAUGCAAAAUUAGCCGUGGACAGACAGACAGACAUACAGUGAUGCGCACACACAGCCGAAUACAUAAUCUCCUGGCGGAGAUAAUAAUAAUUGCAAUUGGAGUAGUUAACAGUGUUUAAUUGCAUAAGUAACUAUUUCAUUCUUGCUAAAUGUGUUCCUUGAGGAAAUAUGAUGCUGUGUCGAUUCUGUUUCUCUUCAAACUGAAUGUUCAUAUUGAGUAUGCCUGCAAAUAGUUUGCUGUCAAUGUUUUCAUGUUAUCUGCCCAUGACAAGUAUAGUUUAGGAUGGUUACAGAUGCAAAAUUUUGCUAUAGUGCCUAUGUCUUAAAUCCUAAAGUUUCCUCCCAACUCACUGUUGAUGUGUUGAGCCAGUUCACCGAUGAGUUUCAACAACAGUGAACUGGGAGGAAAAUUAAUAAAAUCAGUAGAGUAUAUCAGUAAAUGAAGAUACCGUAAAUUUUCAAAUAAUGGACUUUCAUGUGGAACAGGUUUACAUUAGAGACAGCUCCUUAUUUGUAAUUUCCCUGUUUCCUGAUCUGCUCCUGUCUUAAUUUGCAGUUGAUGCAAACUCAUCACUUCCAUGUUUACCUCUUAUUUAAAUUCUCCUUUACAUUAUUCUUUUGAUCAUUGAUAAGCGUGAGUGUAGAGUUUCGUUCACUUCCUGCGUAGAUGUUUCAAAUUAAAACCUUCCAGCAAAGAUAAUCCUCCCUUUUUUAAUGUGAAACAUCUGCAGUGAGCGAAACUCACACACUUCAUAUCAGUGAUCAAAAGCAGUUAAGCUACUGUUUAAUUUACAGUAGCUUUACAACGAUGAAAGAAAACUGCACAGUAGAGGCGACUGAGAGUAAUUGAGUGAGUGAAAACAGUAUUUCUUUUAACAAUAGAAAUACACAGUGUUUUACCUGGCCAUUAUUUGAAAACCAGCUUUAAUUUGAGAAUUUCUGGUAUAUAGAAUUUAUGUGUCAAAUAAUCCAAAACUGAUUUAUUGUGACAUAAUGUGGUUCCAAACAGUUUACCACAAUAUUUAUAGAUAAAUUUGCAUUUUGACAUGUCAUAAAGAAAUGACAGAUUUCUGUAACAUCAACCUAAAACAAAAAAGAUAAAGCAGCACAAACGACAAACUCCACCAUUUCCAUUGAGGAUGUAGUGCAGUCAGAGAGAGAGAGAGAUUUGAUUCUUCCUAAUCACCCAUACCGACCAAAGGGAAAAGCUCCCUGCCAUCCCACUCCUCCGUGUUCUCCACAGGAACUACGGCACUGCUCAGAAGAGGAACAGCAACGGUGCAUAGAUUCUUUGUUGUGGUUUUCAGUGGAAACUACUUCAAGGUUGAAGGAUAAAUAGAGACCAUAGAGAGAAUCAUUCCCCCUAUUGCUAUUGCAUCAUUCCAUAUAAAAAAAUGUACUUGAACAAUCAAAGUAUGCUUCUGCAUUCCUAAGGUUCCCUUUCUUUUUAUUCUUUCUUUCUUUUUUCUUUCUUUCUUUCUUUCUUUCUUUGAUCUGUAUUCGAUGCCAUUUCAGAGAGACACUCUGUGUUUAAUUCUCGGCUUGUGACCAUCAUGAAUUUAAAGAUGAUGCCAUGAAAUGAAACUCAGCUGACUUUGGUGAAUUCAUUUCCGUUUCCACUGGAUGCUGGUGUCCGUGUAUACCUAUGGUAUGGGGCAAUCAUCAUCACUGUCUCAUACAGAGGCUCUCCGCUAGAGCCAUGGAAACUCUUUGGACGCUGGCUGUGUUUACCUUCUACCUUGUGUAUAUAUAUUUUUUCACUGACAGCAAACCAAGGAGCACAUUAAGGAUCAAAUGUACAGAUAUGCUCAUUGACCCCCCACUCCCUCCUGUUUACCCCUUGGUCCUUUCUCUGCUUGUUUUGUUCUGCUUUCUGUUUGGCAUGUGCGUAUGUUACCAUAGUAUAAUUUAUUCUACCUGUAUGAAGUAUUAGACUAGUGACAAAUUUGUAUUGGCAUUUACUCCCCUCAGCCUCUUGGUGUGUUAACUGUAACACUGGCGUAACUGUCUGUUCAUUAAAGCUCUACAACUGGACCAAGA